UGCCCGCGCCAGCGAUGACCCGACUCUGGCCGGCGCCGCGCCGACUGCUCUGGGAAUACUGGGCUGCGCUCCUGCUCGGCGGCCUCUGGAGCCCCUGCUCGCAUGGGAUGCCGCAUGUCAUCCGCAUCGGAGGGAUCUUUGAGUACGCCGACGGCCCCAACGCGCAGGUGAUGAGCGCUGAAGAGCAAGCCUUCAGGUUCUCCGCCAACAUCAUCAACAGGAACCGAACGCUGCUGCCCAACACCACGCUGACCUACGACAUCCAGAGGAUACACUUCCACGACAGCUUCGAAGCCACCAAGAAAGCCUGCGACCAGCUGGCCCUCGGCGUCGUCGCCAUCUUCGGGCCCUCGCAGGGCUCCUGCACCAACGCCGUGCAGUCCAUCUGCAACGCGCUGGAGGUGCCCCACAUCCAGCUGCGAUGGAAGCACCACCCCCUGGAUAACAAGGACACUUUCUACGUGAACCUGUACCCCGACUACGCCUCGCUGAGCCACGCCAUCCUGGACCUGGUGCAGUAUCUGAAAUGGAGGUCGGCCACCGUGGUUUACGACGACAGCACAGGCCUCAUCCGGCUGCAGGAGCUCAUCAUGGCCCCGUCCCGCUACAACAUCCGCCUGAAAAUCCGCCAGCUCCCGCUGGACUCCGACGACGCCCGGCCGCUGCUCAAGGAGAUGAAGCGGGGCAGGGAAUUCCGCAUCAUCUUCGACUGCAGCCACGUGAUGGCGGCUCAGAUCCUCAAGCAGGCCAUGGCGAUGGGGAUGAUGACCGAGUACAGAGCUCAGCUUGGCACCAGCUUGGAUCUUUAUGCAUUAGACCUAGAACCAUAUCGCUACUCCGGAGUGAACCUGACCGGCUUCCGGAUCCUCAACGUGGAGAACCCACACGUGGCCUCCAUCGUGGAGAAGUGGUCCAUGGAGCGGCUGCAGGCAGCGCCCAAGGCCGAGCUGGGCCUGCUGGACGGCGUCAUGAUGACAGAUGCUGCCCUGCUGUACGACGCGGUUCACAUCGUCUCCGUGUGCUACCAGCGGGCCCCGCAGAUGACCGUUAACUCCCUGCAGUGCCACCGCCACAAAGCCUGGAGGUUCGGCGGCCGCUUCAUGAAUUUCAUAAAGGAGGUCGGAGUGUGGAGCCCGUCGGACGGCUUGAACAUCACGGAAAUUUCCAAGGGACGAGGGCCUAACGUCACCGACUCGCUGAGCAACAGAUCCCUGAUUGUCACCACUGUCCUGGAGGAGCCCUUUGUCAUGUUCCGCAAGUCGGACACGGCCCUGUUCGGCAACGACCGCUUCGAGGGCUACUGCAUCGACCUGCUCAAGGAGCUGGCCGUCAUCCUGGGCUUCAGCUACGAGAUCCGCCUGGUGGAGGACGGCAAAUACGGCGCGCAGGACGACAAGGGGCAGUGGAACGGCAUGAUCAAGGAGCUCAUCGACCACGUAAGCGAGGCGGCGGGCGCGGGGCUCUGCGCUGCGGGGCUUGA